GGCCCCAGAUAACUUAAAAGCCUCAUUGAACACUUGGUGUCUAGUGCAAAAUAGUAUGCUUGAUGCCGAGGAGGAAUACCAAGGUGUACAGGACACAGAGCCCUGCCCUUCUAGAGCAAAAAUUUGGAUGAAGCGGACCAGCGGAGAAACCAACCGUCAGUCGGUACAACCUCUCCUUUUUUGGCCUUUCGCUAUCAAGUACAUGCAGUGUGUAUCAAGUGUGGUGUGCACUCAACUAGUUUAAUUCCCAAACUGCCAUCCUAAGGUGGGAAAUGCAAAAUUCUAUUUAAUUUUCACUUUUAAAGGGGUGAUUAUGGGUUUGCAGUCUUAGGUGUUUGCGGAGGGAUUUCCUUUUUCCUUUCCCGGAGAGGCGUACCUAAUUCCCACCUGCUUCCUAAGACAAAACGCACUUCCCUUCCUGGUCUAAGAGCUCACUGAGCACUGACCAAUAGGUUCGGCCCGAUUUCUCUGAGGGGCGGGACCUCGUGCCUGGGCUUUGGAGACCCGCCCCCCGUACGUGGCCUGCGUGCGUGACGACGUGCGGCGCGAGGCGGUUUCUCCAGAGUGUGGCGCCCCCCGGCGGCAGCGAGAACUCAAUGUGACAAUCGGACCUGAGCGCCUGCCAUGGAGCCGCAGAAACAGGCGCGAACACCCGGGGACCCCGUCGCGUGGCCGCGUGGGCCCUCGAGGUCUCAGACGCCGGACGACGAGGAGGGGCCGGAGGCCAACACAGCGCCCGCGGCGGCUUUUCUCGGCGCGGAGGCGGACGACGCCUGUGUGGACGCGCUGUGGGAGCUGCCGGUGGAGCCCGCCGAGCGGAGGCCCGAGUGCAGCCGCUGCAGCCGGCCUCAGAAAGUAUGUUUGUGUCCAUUUCUACCAUUGCAUCCUCUGCAUAUCUCUACUCAUUUGUACAUAAUUCAACAUCCAGCAGAGGAAAACAAAGUGUUGCGGACAGUUCCCCUUUUAGCAGCAUGCCUCCCCCAGGACAAGUGUAAAGUCAAGAUUGGUCGUCGCUUCAGUGAAGAAAGAGAUCCUGAACUUUCAACUGUUUGUCGGAAGUCUGAUACAUUAAUAUUAUAUCCAGGGGCUGAAGCUGCUAAUUUGGAAGAAUUUAUAUUAGAUUCUCCUGUUUAUCCUUCCACAAUCAUCAUCAUUGAUGGUACAUGGAGCCAGGCUAAGGACAUUUUCUAUAAGAAUUCUUUGUUCCGCCUGCCCAAACAGGUGCAGUUAAAAACUAGCGUUUCUAGUCAGUAUGUAAUUCGGACACAACCGACUAAUAGGUGCCUUUCUACCCUGGAAUGUGCAGCUGCUGCUCUUUCCAUUUUGGAGAAAAAUGAUUAUAUACAGGAGACUUUGCUUCGCCCUCUUCAAGCUUUGUGCUCUUUCCAGCUGCAGCAUGGUGCUCAAAUUCGCCUCAGCAAGGAACACCUUCUGAAAAAUGGAUUAUAUCCUAAGCCAAUGCCAAAGAACAAACGCAAGCUCAGGAAAAUGGAACUGUUAAUGAACAGUGUUAAAAUUUAGUACUGUUGUUCGUGGUGCUAGUUAUGGUGUCUUCUGCUGAUAAAACCAGAUUAGUGGGGAAAGUUGAUGCUGAUUGGUGCUGAUGCUGAUGGGGAAUAGCCAGAUUCACACUGCAAAAGGACCAAGAAGAAGACAGAGCAAAAAAUGACCUACUGCAGAGACAAAAACGGAAGCCAUCAGCUGGGAACGGAAUCUUUCCACUACCGCUGCAAGGGGCCUUCCUCUCUUCUUGGCAUGUGCUAGUGGAGCCACUCCACCCUGUUUCAGUUACCGGCAAUUGACCACAAUCUGGAGGCAGAUGGUCCUUUUUCUGAUACACGAUCAGAAGGUUGAUGCUAGUAACCUAACGCUUCAUCACCUCACUUCAUCUCAUCGCGUAGGCAUUUUAUCAUCUCACACCAUCCUACGAGAAAGGCAGAAACUUCUUUUGUGUGUGUGCCUGAGAAGAGAUGAACAUACAUUCCCUCCUACCAGGCUGAACGUUUGGCCAGAAAACACAACUCACCCGUUGGCGGCUGACAAUCCAGGCUCAUCAAAAUAAAUGUGGGGUCCCCUUCAUCUAUAGAGGUUGAGAAGAACUCGGAGAGCUGGACCUGGCCCUCUAAGGCAAUGGUGGGAUUGUGGACUUCACACUGGAUGCCAGUAUGGAACACUGAGAUCCAGAUGAGACAAAUCACAUCUUAGCAGAGGCCAGUGUGGGCAAAGAAUUGUCAUGGCCAUGUUUUCCCAUUCCCCCUGGUGCCAGCAGAUUGUACACGGAGCAUAGAUCACCCCCAGGAAGAAAAGAAGGAGAGGAUCCUCUCAUUUUGGGAAAGAUGGAUACCAGAACAAGCCUUGGUCUACUCUGCAGACUUGGGAUGCUUACCGUGGCAGUUAGAAGCCAUUAGUGAAGAUAAAUCAGGUGAGGCCCCAGUACAUCCCACUCGUCCACUGGUGCUUCCUAUUAGCAGCAUCUUUAUUUUCCUACCUGAAGCGCUCUUGUCCUUCCAAGUGACAGGAAGGAGAUAAGGCGUGUUCUUGUUAAGAGCUUGUUCGGAGUGGGAACACGGGUAGCUCUGGGAGCCCUGCUGACCAUUAUCUUCCCAUUCAGGAAGGCCUUGGGUAAAUUGCCACAUGAUCUCCAGUGUCCACUUCCCAUUUGUUAUUCGGACAAUAAAACGGAUAUAACUCCACGCAUGACCUUGGUCCAUGCUUGCUAGGUGCUCCAAGGGAGUUAACUGGAAUCAGUAGUGGCCUCCCUGAAUUCCGUGGAAAAGACCAGAUGCAUAUGCUUCUGCUAUUACGGUGCUCAGUGUUUGGAAAGGAGCAGUUUUGCAUUGUUAUGCAAACACCAAGGUUUGCAACGUGACCAUAUUUAUUUAUGGCCUCUGGAGAGAUGUACUACUUCUAGUGCUGACAGAGGUAAUCAAUGCCUGAAUGAGUUUGUCUACAUAGUCAAGUGAUACCUGGGGGACUUUCUGAGGUAGUUGAAGUCAUAGGAUGCCUGAAGUUAUGUUGUAAUGGUCACCUGCAUCUUCUGAAGCAGUUCUUCCCAACUGUGGUGAUACAUUAGAAUCAAUGGAAGACCUUGUACGAGGUCCCAGUGCCAGUGUCCCAACCCUGGUGAUUCCAUUUUGGGAUGAAACCUGGGCAAAAUAAGUGUUGAAAGCUCCCCAGGUAAUUCUAACAAGAUCCGCCUUUUUAUUUUUUUAUUGUUAUUUGUUUUUUAAUUUUUUUUAAGUUUGUUUAUUUUUGAGACAGAGAGAGACAGAGCAUGAACGGGGGAGGGGCAGAGAGAGAGGGAGACACAGAAUCGGAAGCAGGCUCCAGGCUCUGAGCCAUCAGCCCAGAGCCUGAUGCGGGGCUCGAACUCACGGACCGCGAGAUCGUGACCUGAGCUGAAGUCGGACGCUUAACCGACUGAGCCACCCAGGUGCCCCAAGAUCCGUCUUUUUAAAAGCUUCCCAAGGGGCACCUGGCUCAGUCGGUUAAGCGUCUGACUUCCGAUUUUGGCUUAGGUCAUGAUCUCACAGUUGUGAGAUCGAGCCCUGCAUCUGGCUGACGGCACAGAGCCUGCCUGGAUUGUUUCUCUCUCCCUCCCCUGCUCUCUCUCUCUCUCUCUCUCUCAAAAUAAAUAAAUAAACUUUAAAAGCUUUCCAGGAAUGCAGGAAGAGUUGAAACCUACCAAUGGAAAGCAUAGCCCCCUUUGCAGCAUUGUUUAAUGAGAGGAGAUUCUUUUAUUAUAAACCACCCAUGGUUUAGCAGUCUGUGUGCCAUCAUGAAGAAAGAGUUGGAGCUGAUAGUCUUAUUAUACACUGUCUCAAUAUGAUGGCUAUGUUUGUUAAUAUUCAGAUGUUCUGUUUUCACCUCAAGGGACUAACUAUACCUUAUUAGUUUAUGUUUAUCCUGACCACAGUAAAAAUAUGAAAACAAAUAGACUACAGCAAUGUGUAUGUUACCCAAGGAGAUGAAUUUUUUUUUGUUAUUUCUAUUCUAUUACUAUGAUAUGUAACUAAUAUUAACAGUGGCUUCUGGGGCACCUGGGUGGCUCAGUCGAUUGAGUGUCCGAGUAGGCUCAGGUCAUGAUCUUAAGGUUUGUGAGUUCAAGUCCCACAUCGGGCUCUUUGCUGUCAGCGCAGAGCCCACUUUGGAUUUUCUGUCUCCUUCUCUCUCCUUCUCCCCUGUUUAUGCUCUCUCUCAAAAAAAAAAAAAAAAAAAAGGAAAAAGAAAGAAAAAAAAGAGUGACAUCUGUUUAUAUUAAUAAGUAGAUGUUUGGGAUCCGUUCAUUUAUUGAUUCAAAAUGUUGGCUUAUCCUUUUUAUGUAUCAGGAGCCAGAAUAAUCAGUCUUAUAAGGCAAUACAUAAUUAUCUUGAAAACUAAAAUUUAUUGUGGAAAUAGUCAAAUUAUUUUGUAGAGUUACUUUUGAUGCUGCAACAUCUUUGAGACCAGCGCUUUAAAGUGUCGUGUGAUAGGCAAUUGUAUGGCUUUUUCAACAAAGGACAUCUGCUAGCUUUUACUUUUGUUGGACAACAGGUAUUGGAAAACUGAUAGUAGUGACUCUAGAAUUUCUAAUAUAAUUUGUAAACUCUGGUGCUCUGGUUCUAAACAUUUUGUUCUUAAGGCACAGACUUCUGAAGCAGAGAAUUUUUGAUAAUAUUCAUGAAGGGAAUAAAAGAUAAAGCACGAAUAAAAAGUAAGCACAGAGUUAUUUAUAAGAGAGAAAAUUAAAGAAGUAAAAACACCCAGUGAAAGUGGUUAGUUAACGGUCAUGACACAUCCAUAAGGUGGGAUGUUAUGAUACAAAUUUAGAAAGUUUAAAGAAAAUGGGAAAAUGCUCAUAUUAUGUAGAGAAAAAGCUGAAUAUAAAAUGGCAGUCAUAGUAUGAUGCUGUCUCAAAUGCACAAAUAUUGGGGUGCCUGGGUGGCUCAGUAGUUGAUUAAGUGUGACUCUUGAUUUCAGCUCGGGUCAUGAUCUCAUGAUUCAUGGGAUCGAGCCCUGCAUCAGGCUCUGCACCAAGCAUGGAUCCUGCUUGGGAGUCUCUCUCUCCUCUCUCUCUUCCCUCCCCUCCUCUCAAAAAAUAAAUAAGUAAACCUCAAAACAAAUAUAAUAAAAUGCACAGUUAUUCAUGUUGACUUUGUUUUUCUCCAUUCCUUGGAUGCUUUGGAGUGAUGGCAAAGUCCAGGAGAUCCCCAGAUGGUCUCAGUUGUCCCGGACACCUAGCCAGGCACAAGGCAUUUGCAACGCUGCUUUUCCCAGGUGUGGGUUUUCAGUUUCUGGCGAUUCCUUCCAAGUGUGAUGCUGGAUUCUACUGGGGAAGACUGUGUGGGUAUGUAGCUAAAAGAUUUACUACCUAGCAAUGACUCAGAUCAAAGUCAAGUGGCAAAGUGAUGGGUCAGCAUUCCCUUACGAUUCUUUUAGCUAAUGUAAGCCAUCAUUGCCACUUACCACAUCGUAUUUUGUAGCACAGCACCCCUCUCAAAUCCCUCCAAAACUAUCCCCCCAAGGGAAGCUCACUAAACCAAAUAUGCUUCCAUCCCUCAUUAGUGUUUUUCUCCUUUGUGGUUGUUUUUUUUUCUCAUUAUAAUUAACUGAAAGCAGUGGUUCUCCAAGGGUGGUUCCCUGGGUCUGCAGCAUCAGCAGGGAGUUUAAACUUAAAAAAAAAAUUUUUAUGGGGUGCCUGUGGCUCAGUCAGCUAAGCGACUGCCUUCAGCUCCAGUCAUGAUCUCAUGGUUUGUGAGUUCGAGCCCUGCGCUGGGCCCUCUGCUGUCCUCACAGAGCCUGCUUCAGUUCCUCUGUUCCCUUCUCUCUCUGCCCUUCCCCCACUCAUCCUCUCUCCCUCCCUCCCUCACUCUCUCUCAAAAAUAAAAAAUAAAUUAAAAAAAAUUUUUAAAUGUUUACUUAUUUUUGAGAGAGAGAGAGAGCAAGAGCACGAACAGGGGAGGAGCAGAGAGAGAGAGGGAAACACAGAAUCUGAAGCAGGCUGCAGCCUCAGAGCUGCCAGCACAGAGCUAGACAUGGGGCUUGAACUCACAAACUGUGAGAUCAUGACCUAGGCUGAAGUCGGAUGCCCAACCGACUGAGCCACCCAGGUGCCCCAAAUAUGACAAAUAAAUUUAAAAAAAAGUUAAAAAAAUUGUUUUACUUGUUAACGAUGAUGUGUUUCUUUCCUAUAUAAUAUUUCUCACCCAACAACUUAUGGAAUUAUUAUAGCUAAUUAUAACUAAUUUUCACAAUCACAUUAUGAAGCAGGUGCUAUUAUUUUCCUGUUUUGCGGAGAAGGAAACUGGACACAGAGAGGAUAAGUAACUCACCCCAGGUCGUGCCACUAUAAAAAAUGCUCACAGGUCAAAUACUGGCAGCAAAUAGAAAAGUGAGCAGUGGUUAUAUCUGGGUGUGGGACUACAGAUAGCUUUAAAUUUCUUCUCUGUGCUUUUCUGUAUUUUCCAAAACAAAUCUAUAUUACACUUGUCAGCAGGAAAAAAGAAUCUAAAAUAGUAUUGCCAGAACUAAGGUGGUAGUUUCAGUGGAGACUUGGUGUAAGGGUGAACCAGAACAGGAGAAAGAGGAGUUGUGUUUAUUAAAAACCUUCUUUUGCAGGUCAGGUCUUCCAGGAUCCUGGCAGCUGCUGAGCAAGUGAGGAAACAAAGAGCCCCCCAGUGUGGUGGGUGAGCGUCAGAGCCGGAAAUCCAGGGAGGGCAUGACAUUGAGCCUUCCAAAGUCCGAUCUUUCCAACGUCUUCACAGGUUUUGAAACUUACUGUCCUUGUAGGUGGCCAGUGGUAAAGUACAUUUUAUCACAGUAUGUCCAGGAGACAUUUGAGGAAGCAGAACUCAGCUCUCUAUGUCCAAGGUUUAAGGAAAGUUUGGCCAUAAAAUAAUGCCCUGACUCAUCUUUAAUUAAGUGUGCAAUGUGGGAAAGGAAUUAGUGUCUUCCGGUGUAUGGGAUGGAGAAACAGCUAUAAGUUUUCAAAAUAGCCCAUUAUUAGCAAUCUGCACUGAAUCGAUUGGUACCCACAGCUCAGUCAGCCUUUAAACAAGCUGGACAAUAGCUGAAGUAAUUAUUUGGGGUAAAUUAUUGCCGUUGUAAAAUGUAAUCAAUGUUUUAUUACAGCAAAAAGAGAUGUUUUUUCUUAAUUUCUCUCUUCAUUCCACCUCUCCUCAGCCGGAUCUCCUUGUCAGAGCUCUGGAAGAAUGGUAUUUUGUUUCCUCCCCUCCAUUGGCAAGCGAGUCCCAGGCAUCCAAAUGCAGCAAGACAGGACACAUCUUGUAAAGAUUUGCUGCUUAAGUGCUGAACAUGUUCAGACAAGAUGGAAGAAAUUGUUCAAAAAGGGGGAUGGGAAGAAAAAAAAUUCUCUGAAGAUGGAGGAGUAUCCGUGUCAGGAUGAAGAAAUUGGCAAGUGGAUAAAUGUGACAAAACAGAAAAAGAGAAGGAAAGAAAAUUCACUAGGGUGGGAGCUAUGGAAAGGCCUGUGAGCCUACAAAAUUAAGCUGUACCUGGAAGAUACAAAAUACUAGGCCAGGUGAAAUCCUAAUGAUGCAAGAAACACAUGCACAUUGCUAAGUAGAAUAACCACAGUUGUAACUCUUGGGAAAUAACAAUGGUUAAUACCUUUUGAACUGGGACUCCAGAAAAAGGUAAAUUGACAUGCUUAUCCAGGAGCUGAGCAGUUUUCUGGGGGCAUAAAUCUCAGCCAUAAAUGAGACCUGCUUGGACUCGUUAAACCCACUAAUCAAUUAACUCCAGCUGGGAGGGAAGGAACAAAGGAGAAAUUUGUUCCCAAACCAUGUUCCCAAGGAAACUUCCAAAAGAAGAGAAAAAAGGCUCUGUGCUGAGUUAAGCUCAGGCAGUGUCAUAUGCUAAAUCUUUGCUUUUGGAGAGUCUCAGGAAAUCAACCUGGUAGACUUAGUUUAGCUUAGACUUUUCCAAAGAUAUUUGACCAUGGUAUACUUUUUCAGUGACAUAUACAUUAAAGUAUGGAACAAACUUUUUGUGAAUGUAUGAUUCUUGAAUAUCUGGUAAUGCUCAUUGGCCUGUCAAGUGAUUUGAUAUUUACAGAGAAAAAAAAAAGAAAGAAAUACUUUUAUUUGUACAUAUUUCACAGCUUUGAAAUAGAAGAUUCUUAGAUUUUCAGAAAUUCAGUUAUUUUCUUAUAAUCUUGUGUGUGCUACACAUACUAUAUCAUCUGUUCAUCCUGCCUUCGAUUCAGUUAUUAGAAAAUAGAUGGUUUUGGCUGAAGUAUUUUCUAACCACUUACUUAUUGCAUAAGCUAAGUUCAUGUUUUCUUUUUAUAGUUGCUAUGCAUUUUAGCCCCAGUUGAUGAAAAUUGAUUAAAAUGUUGUACAGUAGAAUAAACACCAUGAUAAAUAUUGUAAAGUGAAUGUAUCUUCUCAAAAAUAAUAGUGUGGAUAUAGAACACAAAUCUGCAUUGUCUCAGAAAAGUAAUCACUCGUAACACAUUCACCUGAGUGGCCAAAAAAAAAAAAAACAACUACAUGUAAAAGGUACAUUGAAUAUUCAGAUGGAUCCAUUGAAGUGCAAUUUUAUAGGAUCUACGAUCUAUUUCUAGAAUUCUGUCACGUACAAAACUCCGUUUAUUAUGCUCUUUUCAAAGUGCUGACAAAUCAGUCAAUCAAAUCAAUCUAGAUUCUUCUAAAAUAGGAAUCGGAAUAAAAUUAUGUUUAUUCAGAGAACUGCUGGGAUCUCCAAGUUGUCACAGCACAGCAACCACAAACUUCGGGGCCAAGAAAGGGAAGGAAAAGGGGAAAAAAAAUUAAUGAGCUGGAAAGCUGGAGAAACUCCAAAAUCUUUGGGAAAUAGAAAAAAUUUAUAUGACAUAGGAAAUUCUUGAAUCAUGUUAUUAAGUCAGGAAGACACAACAUUUACUGUGGGAUUUUUUUGAUCCUACAUUCCUCAAAAAAAGAAAAAGUACGUCGUGCUAUUGCCAGAAAGAUGAUAAACUAGUGUAAAGUUGAGAAAGAAAAGAAAAUUUGCAGGUUACAAUUUUUGAGUCAAGUAAUAUUGUAGAGCGUUGCCUAAUAUCAAGGAUAUAUGAUUUACAAAGGCAGUUGCCAUCACACACUUACUAAAUACUUAGCAAUUUCAGUUGGACAAAACCAGUGAUGUGCUCGACAUGAACACAUUCUCUGCAAAGAUGCAGUCCAUUUGAGAAAGAAAAGUGCUCAAUGACUCUCUCUGUUGGUCAUCACUAAAUAUAAUGCUAACAGAGAAAUUAAAAAAAUUGUUAAUAAUGAUAAUAAAAAAUUGUUAAAAAAAUGUUAAUUGAGUUGUACUGCAGACUCAAAAAGGUGUUCUGAGAUAGGCAUGGGAGAGCAUGUGCUACUUGUACAGGAAGGAAUGGCGUUAGUGGGUAGAUUGCUUUGAAUGCCAGGAACCAACAGCUUUAGUCACAGAAAAUGUUUGAUUGGAAACAGUUUCUCUUUAAAUUACAAAAACAACCACAUUAUUGUGAGUGUUUAUUCUUCUUUUCAGUGUGUUUGAUUGAACAGCUUGUAUGAGACUGAUUUUUUUACUGGAGUCUUCCAGCUGUCGGUGAAAAACAGGUAUACGCUCACCGGCUUUUAAAAUAAAGAUGAUAAAAAUAUUUUUCUUGAAACAUGUUAUGGCCAAUAAUUUCAAGGUUUAUUCAAAUGAUGAUAUGUUUGAAUCUUGAAAAGGCUAAACUUAGUGCGUAAAAGCAUAUAGAUCAUGACUUUGUCUUGUUGAAUCAAAGUAUUCCAUGAUUUAAAAUAAGACUGUAUUGUAGAGCAUUUUGGCUCAUACUAUGAGUUUGAUUCUUAUUCAGUGCUUGAUGAUUUUCUUCUCUCAUCAGAGAAAAAGAUUGAUAAUGUGUCAUGAUUAUGUUUUACAUCAAUAUCUAAAUGCUGCCACAAAAUUACUUUCCAGGGCCAAAUACAAUGUAGCAAACAAAAAUCUAUUUGCAAGAACCUUCCAAAUUAAAACAUUUUAAUAUGCUUUGGUUGCCAAUUUAUAUUCUGGAGGCCCAUUAAAGAUAGUGUUUGAUGUGAAAUUUCUUCAUAAUUUUUGGGUCAGUGUUUAACUUUUUAAAAUUAUGGAAGUUUACUGCCGUUAUGCUUGACUUAUAAGACUAAAAAUAUAAAUCAACUCAACCUGUACCUGUUACUUAAUCUAUACCUAAUCUCCCUAUUUAUUUCUGGCAUUAUGUUGAGAUCUUGGUGUGAGAUUAGAAGUGAUAUUUUCCUUAUGACUGAUCAGAAAUGAAUGAAAAUGCCAAUUUCAACAUAGGCUUUAUUUUUAUAACUUAAAAUCAUAACACUUAAAGUUUACCCAGAGUUAGUGAUAGGGAUUUUUGUUAAAUAACUAGGACAUGUGUUGUAGAUAAAAUGUUUGAGAAACCUUGGUGUAGAGGAGUAUUUUGGAAAAUGUUAGAUGAGAAACUCAAGGGUUUGGAGGCAUGGAACAUGGAAACCAUUAACAAAGAAAAUGGCAUUGUUUCUUUCUUUUUUUCUUUUUUAAAGUAGGUGUCAUGCACACUGCAGGGCUUGAACUCAUGACCCUGAGAUCAAGAGUCAUAUGCUUAACCAACUGAGCCACCCAGGCACCUGAUGCCAUUGUUUCUAAAACCAAACUUGAAUAAGACAAGAGGGAGUCUGAUGUUCAAGUAAUUCUAUAAAACAGAGUUUUGUCCACAAGAACAGAUAUGACUGAAAAAAAAACCAUACUGGAGAAAUACCAGUGGUAAUCAGGAAAUUAGAAAGAACGAAGGGAAAGAUGAACUUGGGUGCUGAUUCUUGAUUUGUUCAUCCAGUUAAUAAUACAAAAAUAUUUUCUGAGGCUAGAGAGGUUAAAUAGCUAGUUGCUAUGGAACUGAGUUAGGUGUCUGAGAUAAGACUAGAUCCCACGUCUGUUGGAAUCAUAACCUGGUCUCUGGACCUCUGGUGACUGCCAUUGACCGUAUAAUACAACCAGCAAGGACUACUUUUUGAAGAAAUAUCAUGUGUUGGAUUUUAUUUGAGUGAAAUCAAGGGCCUGUGAAAUAUCUGCCCAAGAUAUCAAUUGUGCAGUUGGACAUAAAGGUGUGACAUUCAGAGGAGCUGUCUGAGCUACAGGCUUCAGAUUAGGUGUCAUUGUAUUAUAUACAAGUUGAUAUGACUUUACCUCAAACAUUUUAUCUGCAAAACAUGUACUUAGUCAUUUAACAAGUGGAGGAUUUAAAUAGAAAAGAGCCUAAAAACACCUGAUAUUUAAAAGUUAGAUAAAAAUCCCAAUAUUGGCAGGUUAGAUGGAAGAGAAGCAAUUAGAGAAGACCAAGAACGAAUGAUGAGUCAGAAGCGAAGGAAACCAGUGGGGUGUGAUGUCACAGAAUUCAAAGGAAGAGAAUGUAUGUGAAGAGAAAGUCCACUAUGUGGAAGUCUGCUGAGAAGUCAAGAAAAAUAAGGAAAAUACCCAGAGGCUUUAAUGCAGAGCAGUAUUGUAGAGGUUCCCAAGUCGGUGGAGUAUUUAAAAACAAAGCACUGAGCAUGGGUCCUAAAAAGAAAGUAUGAGUGCUGAUUGCGAAUUUAGACUCCUGAUUCCAGUGGAAGUUGCCCAUGGCAUCUGAAUAUAGGCAGGUUUAAAUGAAUUUGGGUUGUCAGUGGAAACUUUGGAGUUCUCCACUGAAGAGUGACUGGGGGAGUAAAGACACGCAUUGUCUUUAGCAUUGUAGAUACCCAACAUUUGUCUUUUGGUCCUGCAAGCACAAGUUCAAAUGAGGUUGAUUUGCCCUUUGUGCCUCUUCUCUUUGGUUUCCUUUCACACAUCAAUCUCCUCUUAUAUCACUUUUCUCUUAGAGAGGGAUGUGUGUGUGGCGGGGGGGGGGGGGGGGAGGGCACAGUUCAGGGAAACAUGGAAUAAUCUUAAUGUUGAAAUGUGGAAUUAAGAAACGAGGUAUAUCCAAGCUAUUCUGUGGGACAACAUAACUGAAUUUAAAAGCAAAUCAUGAAAGUCAUUGUCAUAGAUGAAUAACACGCUUUAUAAUUUGAUGAGGAGGGUAUUUAAUAUUACAAUAAAAUUGUAAACAACCAUACCAAGUUCCGAUUUCAAAAGGAUGUUUAGUUAUAGAAAAACAAUUGCUACAGGGCCAUUUCUGCAAAACUAUUGUGUGGAAAAUAGUAGUAAAAAAAUCGCUCUUUUUGACCAUUUUACUAUAAUAUGUGAAUAAAGAUUUACCUAAUGUUGUAUUAUAUUUUAUAAAAUGAAGUUAAUAUUACAAAUGGAAGAAAUGGUUGGGGAAAAGGACCCUUCUAAUUCAUUAGGAAGUUUUUCUCUUUUUGUAAAAAAAAACAAAAACAACUUUGCUUUUUCAUAAAUUCUUUUUGAAAUAUAGAACACCAUAGAAACAGUGACAUCUUCUAUUAGGGGUACAAACUGGCAGAUCAUUUAUUUUGUCUGAUUUCUUAAUUACUGAGCCUGCUGUAUAUGGUACCAAAAUUUAUAGACUUUGCCAGAGUCAUUUUGUUGUUUUACCCAAGAUUUGUAUAAUUUAUUUUUGAUGUGGUGGACAUGAUACUGCAUUCAAUUGUCUGUGCAUCUAUUUCCUAAAGUAACUUGAGUGUAAUAAAUAAGUAUUUUGGUUUCAAAAGAAAUAAAUCCUGUUUAAAUUUGUUUAUUUAAAAAAUGUGUUAAUGUUUUUAUUUAUUUUUGAGAGAGAGAGAGAGAGAAAGCAUGAGCCAGGGAGUGGCAGAAAGAGACGGAGACACAGAAUCUGAGUUGUCAGCACAGAGCCUGACGCGGGAUUGGGACCCACGAACCGUGAGAUCAUGACCUGGGCCGAAGUCCGACGCUUGACCAACUGAGCCACCCAGGAGUUGGAUGGAGAGUUUCACCAAGCCACAAAUUUUUGAGCUGAGUUUUGAGCUGGAUCUCAAGAUGAGUAGGAAUUUACCAAGGGAGAAAAAAAAAAAGGAGAGAAGAGAGUGCUUCACCAGCAGAGAAAGCAAGCAGCAUGGACCACAGGGUCAUCAAGUGAACACUGAUGAGGCCACAACCGCGCUACUGGUCCAAUGCACUGAGACGGCCAUUAGCCCAUCUGGUGAAACUGAAUGUAAGACCAGAAAGGAAUCUCAGAGGUGACAAUCUGAUUGGAAGGAGAAUUACCCACAUUAUUUUCACUUGUCGAAGGAAGAGGAAGUCUAGUAAAGAAACAGAACUGAAAGAGAGACCAAAUGGCCCUUCAUCUUCUGAGUCAUUUCUAUUCUGUUUAUUUCUCCAUUUGCUCAAUUUCUUUGAGUACACAUGAGGCUGAACUAGCAUGUCAUCAGGUUACUCACAGCUGGGCUGACUUGGGGGAUUUUACCUUUGGAUCGGAGCAUACAAAUACUUCCAUCAAUAUUCUAUUUCCCAAAGCUGCCAGACUGAGGUGAGAUGCAGCGUGAACGUGGAGCCGGUGCAGCGGAUGUCGGUGCAGGCUCACCAGUCUGGAAGUUUUGUGUGGGCACUCCGCAGCGGAAUCGCCAGAUAAGAGAUACUGAACAGUUUUGCGAGAAGAACUUGAGAGGAAAGAGGGAAGGUCUCGGCGGUGAGGAGUUUGCCCUUUCUGCAGUUGACAGCGGUGAAUAAAUUACUGCAGAACUUGUUUUGUAAGACACAAAUGACCCUAUUCUCCUGGUCUGAAUGGAAGAUGGAGAUUUGCUCGUCACAUCCACCCAUGUAUGUUCUGAUAAAGAGGCAGACAGCCUCCAGUCCUGUUUUUCCUCAUCUACAAGUUGUACUAUAUCAACAUGGUCCUGGCAAGCAAGGCCCAGUGUUUCUAUAUCCUGAUGGGAGAAGGCAAAGGUGGAGCAAUGGAGACUGCAUUUGCCCAUCCAUGUUAAAUAACCAAAUCUAGAAAAAUAAUUCAAACAAUGGGUUGCAGAAACAGGACACCAGGCAGCACAGGAUACUGAUCCACAAUAGAGGAGAAACAAACAAGAACCUACAUGGGAAGAAAGUACUCCUUGACAAACUCACCCGCAAAAGAACAUAUGUGUAAAGAAUUUCUCUAUGUGAAUAAAUAAUUUUGAUAAAACACAUCAUUAAAUGAAGAAUGAGGGCAUCUGGAAUCUUUCAUGUACCUUUUGCUUCUGUGAUGGAUCUUUAGGGGAACAUUUCUCAACGUUGCAGUUAGAACUUCGCAUCUUUGAUUCUUUUGGAUUUGGAAGGUGUCUUCUUUGAUUUCUAUAGAAUAGUCUGGUUUCCAUUUACCAGAAGGUACAGAUAAAAGAAAGAGAAGACUAUUUGGUGAAAAACUACAUGAUUCGUAAUAUUUAGAAGGCAAUUUAUUCUGAUCAGCUGAAUAACCCUAAUCAAAAUGUGUGAACUCUGACAUUAUUUUGUUCUCCACUUGGAAAUGAUUUCUGUCCUUGGACCUUGAUCCACAUGUUGCAAAAGAAUAUUUUAAAAAGAGAAUAAUUACCCACCAUGCUUUGUCACAGUGUCCAUUUUUCCCACCAAGGGAAUGGCCACUGCCACCUGAGAACAAAAAAGCUCUCUUAUUUACUAACGACGUCCUUAGUUUUCCUUUGUGUCAUUUUCCCCCUUAUGUAUGUGUUUUUUUACGCUUCUUUGCCAUCCUGCUGCGAGGAAGAAUAGUAAUCACAUCUAAUUAGAAAAAAUUAAAAUGCUAUGACUCACAGAAAUAAUGAAAGUUGAUUAUUUUUUAUACAAGGCAUAAAUCCCAGACCCACAUUUUACCCUUCAAAUUAGCUUACAAGCUGGUCAACAGCGUGGUAACAGUAUUGUGAAUGUUUAUCGUGGUGCUCUUUUUUCUACAUGCACCACGCUUCAUGCUGUCAACCGUGUCAUGAAAGACUCAUCUUCUCUUAUGCAGAAAAAGAGAGGCCAGUUUGAUUUUAUUUUUAUUUUUAAUU